GUCAUGAUGUGAAAGCAGAGCUUCCCUCCACCUCAGCAUUACUAAGGAUGUAUGGAGCGCUGCAUUCAUCUGCUGUCUGAUCCCAGCCUCAGGCUCCGACUCAAGAGCUGGGAUGCUCGUCUUCUGAUGGAGCGCUGUCGAGCUGUGAAGAGUCCAGAUAUCAGCGCUCACCUGGCUGGUACCAAGAAGGUUCAGCAAGUGCUCGCCAGACCUGGAGUCCUGGAGAGGUUCUUCCCGGACCAGCCUCAAGCUGUGCAGCAGAUCCGAGCGACAUUCGCUGACCUCUACUGAUGAUAAUACUUUUGAAAAUGGCAGUUUAAUUUAUUGGGCAAUUAUAAAAUCGUAUUUCUUAGGCUGGCUUUUAAGGAAGGAGAAAAGGUAUGUAUCAGUUGGCUGGGAAGAAAGAUGGAGGUGGAAAGGAUGUGCAAGCUAUGGGACAAAGUUGCUGAGACCAGGUUAAACAGAGGUGACGAUCAGUGAGCAGGAGUGUGGCUUCGUGCUGAAAAGAGCACAACAGAUUCUCUGGAGAGAAGGUGAAGGAAAGUCAGCUGAAGCAAGACAGUUUGUGGAGUUUGUGUUGGACUGUAUGUUAUGCUGGGAGCCUGGGGAUUAGUGGACUUUGAUUCCAAGUUAAUAUUAGCUAGUGUUUCUCACUGGUUUUUGGGCGGUGGAGUAAAAGGGAUUGGUUGGUGGCUGUUUCUAAUGUUAGCCUUUCUUUGUUUUCUU